UUCAUAAAGGCAUUUCAUAUUAAUGUUUCCUAAGUAUGUAUUAUUUUAUUUUUCACAAUGCAGGAGAGACGAAAGUAUACCGAUAAUGCCCUAAAAACUGUCAAUCGACGAUAUUCACUCAACUGUGAAUCAUGUGACAUAAUCACUUGACUGUUAUCCCGAAUCGUAUAUUGAAGUGCACAAUAUGCGGAGCUUAAACUGGACUGUUUCGACGAAUAGUAACAGUUCAUACUCGUAUUUUAUUUAGUCAACACAUCAGAUAGGGACAUGGAUACGUCCUUUAAGAUAUUGCUAUAUUGUAUAGGUUUAACAGCAUUAUGGACGACGAUAAACUGUUCUACUACAGAGGAACCAGAUCCAUGCGACAUUGCUUCGCCGUUUCCUAAGGUCCAGACAAGAUCAACCACGUACAAGGGAAAAUUUUAUAUUAAUGAUAGAUUCAUAACUCCUGGUUGGUAUGGAUCGAUAGACUUAUCAUUACCUAGCGCAGAUCCUGCACCUCCUAAAUCCAGGCAUUGUGGUACAAAAUAUCCCAUAUAUUUAAACGAUAGACCAUUGCGUAAUACUGACCAGAUACAGACUAUUGGUACUUGCAUUCGCCAUCCAACGGUCGAGUGUGGCGCUGGGGGUCCGGACGUCAAGGUGAAAGUAUGUUCAGCACAUUUAUUGGUGUUUUACUUGGAACGUACAGGAAUCGGCCUGACCGGAUAUUGUGUUGGAUCACUAGAGGGCGGUGAUAUCCCGGAUUUUAGAACCGUACCCAGUGUCGCUUAUGAUCAAGUUACGGUGGGAAUUAAAGCACAAUUCCGGUUCUUCUGCAACUUUGUCGAAUCAACAGAUGAAGUAUUAUUUUAUAAAGCAUACUGGUACGUGAACAACCGUUUUAUAUACAAUUCACCUUUAGCUGCUUAUAAUGAUCCGGCCAACGAACGAGUACUAACAGAAGCAAAACUACGGGAACAGGGUGUAAUUACGGUUGGCUUUGAUAUUUAUUGUGAAAUUAGAGCAGGUAGAGGCGUCAACGAAUCAGCAGGACUUCCAUCUACAAGUAAACCAAUAUUUAUUGGUAUAGAGGUUUUGACGCCCACAAUUACCGUUACAGAGGGUGAAUCUACCGAGAUCCAGAUUAGAGCUACAGCAAAGAUUGGGUGUCUCGACGCACCAUGCAUAUAUGGUGUCACGGCCAAUAUACCAACAGGAACAGAUACCUGCUCUCCAACAGUUCGUGCAGAUACGGCUUGUGGGGUGGACAUUGAUCCUGACAAAUGGGAACAGAUUUACAAGAUCAAAGUUACUGGUACAAUCACUACAGGUGAAUAUCAGCAAAAGACCAAUGUUAGGAAAAUCACACUUCGUUCCCCAGAUCACUACUUUGAUCAACCAAUAUGGGGAAAUUAUGCUUUGGCUCCGGUUACGGUGUAUGUAAGAAAAGAUACUAAAGCUAUAGAAUCACGAAGUUGUGGAGUACAUUCCGAUCCAUAUGUUGAAACUUUUGCGAGCAGGUAA